ACUACACUGCUCGAUCUGAUCUCAUCCGAUCUUAUCGAAUCGGAUCGGAGUCGCCCCGUCGGGUUGCGACCCGCUGGGAUAAGAGUCCAUAAAUAAUCAGCACUUGGGAUUUUCCGAUUCCCAAUUGUUUGCCCGCGAAAAAAGUCGAGUACUCGGUCGAUUUGAUUUUAUUAUUGACAGACAUUGUUCGGCGGUGCCGUGAUUAUAUAAAAUUAAAUUGCACAACUAAAUCGACGAAGCAGCAUGAGAUCGCUGCUGAAUAGUUCCUUCUGAAUUACCAGAUGCCGAGAAAAUGCUAAAAUGAGCUUUAUCCAUCCAGACGCUAGUUUAAUGGAAUCCAACGGGAACCCAACCAGUUCCAUGGAGGAUUCUGUAUCGAAAUCGGAGGAUGGUCCUCGGCGGAGUCCUCUCAUCGAUCGACUUGAGAUUAAAAUCGUGAUGCUUAACGUUCAGGCGGAGUCCCCUUUGCUGCCCCUGAAGGACGACGAGCCAUCGCCCCCUCAAGUCCACAGUUCCUCGCACAUAUCAGCCAGUAGGUCACCCCACUUCGGCACCUCAGCUGGCGACCUCGAGCCAAAGCACCUCCCAACGCCACCACCCAACUCCCCGUCCAACGAGCAGGCCAAGUGCGAGGGUCCGGAAGGAGAGGCCAACAACAACAACAGCACCAGCAGCAACCACAAUCACAAGCCCAACCACGAGGGUGCGUUCUACAAGGAGAUUCGCACCCAUAGGCGCCAGCACGAGUAUCAGCUCUAUCCCAACGACACCUUCGCUCAACUGGAGGGCAGGGCCCCCAAGCCGAACACCAAGAUGCAGACCAAAGUGGAUGCGGUGGGCCGGAUCACGGGUCCGUGGGGAAGGUGGCAGCUGCGAACGGUGCUACUGAUCUUCCUGUGCAAGAUUCCAUCGUCCUGGUUCAUGGCCUGCAUCAUUUUCACGGCCCCAGCACCGAGGCACGGCGAGUUCUUCUGCAAGCCCCCCCACACAAUCGGAGCCCAGAACCAAACGCAAUGGAUCAAGGUCUCGCAUCCGCAGAAGGAGGAGAGCGACGACCAGGAGUUUAGCAUCGACUUCUGCAAUGUCUACCAGGACGCCCAGGAGCACGCCCAUCACUAUUACAACUACGAGAACAGUGAGCAGGAGCCGCGCGUGUGGGAGAAACCUCUGCACCGCAACUCCAACGUGAUUCCCUGCACGGAGUUCCAGCACGAGUCCGACUACCACUCGGUGGUCACGCAGUACGACUUGGUCUGCUCCCGGGACAUUCUCGUAUCCGUCACCCAGUUCUUCCAUCUCUUUGGUGUGCUCACCGGAGGCAUCCUGGCUAAUCAGCUGCUGAAAUAUUUCAGUCCCCGAAAUGUGAUGCUCUUCGGCAUGAUCACGCAGAUAUUUUGUGGCAACCUCACGGGGCACGUGGCCUCCUACGAGCUCCACGUGUUCUUCCGGUGCCUCUCCGCCGUAUGCUGUGCCCAGAUGUACACGGCCGGAGGCCAAAUCAUGGCCGACAUAACGGGGGGAAAGUACCGAACUUGCGUCUCCACGCUCUUUGAGCAGUUCUGGUCUAUUGGGGUAAUGAUGUUGCCCGGAGUGGCCAGCUUCUGGUCCAGCUGGUCCCACCUCUACAUGGCCAUCUCGUGGCCAACUGUGAUACUUAUCUAUCUGUGGCAGUGGAUCCCCGACUCGCCGCGAUGGCUGAUCGCCCGCGGACGCACUCAGGACGCCAAGAAGAUCUUGCUGGAGUGCGUGGAGGUGAAUGGGACGGGCUACAACCUGCCGCACGACAUCGACCAGCAGCUGGAGCUGCAGGCGCAGACCGCCAUGGACGCGCCUCCGCCGAGUGGCUGGUGGUCGAUGUGGAAGGGAGAGCGAGCGGUGCGACACAUUGUGUGUGUGCACCUGGCCUGGUCGCUGUACAUCGUGGUCUACUACGGCAUGCUGCUCAACAUCCGCUCCUUCAGUCGCGACCACCUGUACAUUAACACCUUUAUCGCGGGCUUCAGCGAGAUGAUGGGCACUUUCUUCGGGCUCUUCCUGAUUCUGAAGACCACCCGCAAGUGGCUGUGGACGGGACUCUUUAACAUCGUGGCAGGAUGCAUCGCCUACUGCGGCUGGCUGGUUCCGAAGCCCAGCGUGAUUGGGCUGGAUCCGAAUGUAGCCCUGCUGAUGUGCUCGGCCAUGGUCUCGAAGAUGGCCAUAUCCACUACGCUCAGUAUACUCACUACCUGCACGGUGGAGCUGGUUUCAGAUGACAAGAAGAAGAUCACCUCCUUCUCCACGAUUUGCUGGGCCCGGUUCUGGCUGCUGGGAGCGCCCUUUAUUGGAUCCACUGUGGUCUUCGGCCAGCUGAUUCCCCAGACGGCCUUCGCAUCUCUGGCCAUUCUCGGUGGCCUGUGCACCUCCCUGAUCAGCAGUCCCAGGACCCAUCCCAUCUCAAGACCCUCUUCGCCUGCUGCACAGGGAACCCAGAACAUGGCCUCGCAGUUCACCAUCAUCGACGGCAUGGACAACAAGGGCUACACGCCCACCGCGAAGACCAUCCACUCGAACAGCACUAUUUUGAAACUAAGCACGCCGCAAUCGAAUCUACCUCCUCAACUGAUGCCCGGCAUUUGGACGACCAAGAUAACCGAGGAUGGCCCACCCAUGUGAACUGCUUUCAGACAGCGAGCGUUGACAAAUUAGCCGUAUUGGACUUGAGAUAUAGAAGCAUUUCUAUAGCCCAGGAGUGGAGUCUCUAUGAUAGUAAAUCAUAUGCUAAGGGGAAGAAGCAGAUGUUCAAAAAGUUAGGAUAUUGCUAGAUUCACAGCUAGCGCCGCGAUCUGGUUCACUUUGGUGGUGCUGUGACUUGUAAACUAUAGUCUAUACAAUUUGUUAGCAGUAUAUACUUAUGGCCCGCUUUAUAAGUUUAUGGGCGCACCUAUUGUAAGACACAUUAGCUAUCCUUUUUAGGAGGAAGAGUCAAUAUAGUCCUAGGAGUUUCGCACACUUUAGUAGUACGUAGUACGUACAUCAACUUUAAACUAAAUCGGAGUGCUCAAGUGAGAAAGUCUCGCGCACUUGAAGACAAAAUUACAUUUCUAAGUAGGCAACACUUAAGCUAAAGCUGUGGAACAGAAUCCUCGAGCAAAUUAUUUUAAAUGGGUAAAUAAGCUCGCCGACAAAACCCAAACCCAUGCAUAUAUUUUCCAUUGCCUUUAAUUUUAGGGCUUAGUUCAUUCAGCCUAUCCCCAGCAGACGGUGAAUCAUUCGAGUCUGGGACAAGCUUCAGCGCAGCCAUAAUUAGUAGUCUCAUAAGAAGGUAAGUCAGAUGUGGAGCACACCUUGAGAAAAAGGGAUAAGCCCAGUAUUAAGCAGUCACUAUUGAACCAAAUCAAACACGUACCGAAUCGAACCUCACUGCACAGACAAGCCAUCUUGAAUGGCGAUCCUUCUAAAGGCCUGUGGUUCCACAUUAAGUGAUUGUGUUGUAAACACCUGGAGAGAAUUACAUGAAAAGACAUACGAGUAGUUACACAAUAAUUAUAUAUUAUGGACAACUUUUAUUAAUUACCUUAAUCUAUAAUACUAAUUGAUUAGAACAACAAUAAUAUUAACCUACACCUUGAAUAAUUUACUUUCGUUACGUAUUGUAAUUAUCAAUUACCAAGCUAAUUUAAUAUAAAUCAAUUAGUAGUUUUCAGGCUCUACAUAAAUACACAAGGUAUAAAUUACAUAAUAUUUUUAAAGUUGCAUCACCUAGUGAAUACGCUUAGCAACUUGUUGAAUGUUAUCUGAUAUUGGUUACUACAUAAAACGAAAUGUUAUACAUGGCAAAAGAGCAAUAUUUUUCUAAUAAAGCAUCAUC